UUCCAAAAAUAUUUAUAACAGCAACAAUAUAUCACGAAAAAUGAAGCCAAGAAUCGUGCACUUUUAUUGUUAUUUAAUUUAGGGAGUGAAAAUGUUGGCUUUUGUAUCACCAGCGGUGUAAACAAAACAGAAUAAUGAGGAGUACUUAAGAGAAUUAGCAACAUUCCCUAAUUAUUCUCCUGAAGAGGAGUCAAAGUCAUACCACCUUCACGAUGAUGGGGUACACUCUUUCUAUCAUUGUUAUUCUGCUGUGCGGUUCGACGGUCGAUGCACUGAUCAAGGUCGACGUUUAUUACGAGACACUCUGCGGUGACAGUAUCCGGUUCAUAAAAAAUCAACUGAUACCCGCAUACAAUAAUCUACACCAAUACCUGGACAUUAACUUCGUGCCGUACGGUAAAGCCAAAUACAUCGAGGUACAGCCCCAGCAAUGGACUUUGGACUGCCAACAUGGCCCCGUCGAGUACGAGGGAAACAAGGCCCACGCCUGUGUACUGGAUCAAAUCGAUAGAUUAGCGAUCCCAAAAGCGAACAAACAAUUUUUAAAAGUCAAAUUCGUGGACUGUGCGCUUGGUAGCAAAAAUCCAGCGGCUGCAGCGCGACAAUGCGCUGCAAACUUGGGAUUAAAUUCAAUCGAUAAUUGCUGCACAUCGAGCUACGGGGACGAUCUUCUCGCCCAUUGUGGGUACAUAACUGAGUGUCUCGAACCCCCAUUAUCAUUCGUCCCGACCAUCGUCAUUAACGACGUGUAUUCAGACGCCAACCAGGAGAUGGCCCUCGUUAAUUUCGUGGAACUCAUCCGGAAUUAUAUCUCUGCUACGAGAUGGCAAAGGUUCGUGAGCACUGGAGUCCUGGGAGGUCCUGAUUCGGGAUCGAUCGCUUAUUCAUUCAAGUAACAAGAUUUUUCCAAUUUUCUCCGUCCUUUAUAUACAGUAAAAAUUAUUGUUUAUCUUCUGCAAAAGGAUUAUACAUACAUGUAGGUAUAUAUUAUAUAACAUACAAAAUGUACAAAAAAUACAGCGUUCUUGGAUUUUUAUUUUA